GCCAUUUACCACCACCUUGUCGCUGAAAGACAGAGGGGCAGAGACAUCGCUGGCAGCUGGAUAGUCCAGGAAACCGUAAGACUCCCUCCCGAACCCCCAUCCCAAGUCCUUGCAUUCAACGGAGAGAACACUGACAAUAACUUGAAUCCUUGCUGUCGUUGACCUUUGACGUGCAUCAUUUCCGCCAUGCCAGACGCUGACUCGACUCGCAAGCGCUCUCGGUCGCCCUCCGACUCUGAACAACAGAAGCACAACAAACGGGCAAACACUGGCGCAGCUGUUUCCUCGGAUGACUUUAAUCCCUCAGGUUCAGUUGCUCGCCUCACCCAGACUGACGUGACCAUGACUGACGCAUCUGCCGCCUCGCCUUCGUCUACUCCAGGUUCUACUAAAUCCAAGUCCAAUGAUGAUGUCGACGUUGCCCCGAACAGUGCAGACUCGUCUUCGACUAGUAGUGCACCCUCAGCCAACAUACACAUGCGAUGCCUCAUCGUCACUCAAGACGCCUCGAUCAUCAUUGGCAAGGGCGGGUCUCAUGUAAACGAAAUCAGGGAGAAAAGCGGUGCCCGUGUUGUCGUUUCCGAAAGUAUACCUGGAAAUCCUGAGCGUAUCCUUAAUGUCAGUGGGCCGCUCGACGCUGUCUCAAAGGCUUUUGGACUUAUCGUGCGGAGGAUUAAUGACGAACCUUUUGACACACCGUCGGUCCCUGGCAGCCGUGCUGUAACUAUCAAGUUCAUGAUCCCCAACUCCAGAAUGGGGUCAGUCAUUGGCAAACAGGGAUCCAAGAUUAAGGAAAUACAGGAUGCCAGCGGGGCACGCCUUAACGCGAGUGAAGGGAUGCUCCCUGGAUCCACUGAGCGAGUGCUCAGUGUUGCCGGGGUCGCCGAUGCCAUCCAUAUAGCAACCUACUAUAUCGGCACUAUAUUGAUCGAAGCCCAAGAACGCAUGCCGUCCGCCUCCAACUCUUCCUACCGACCUACUAGUCACUCUCGCCGACCAUACAGCGGGUCGUCAUACGUACCUGGGUAUUCGAACCCAUAUUCUCCGCCCUCCCAUCACAACCCUCCACAGCAGAUGCAGACACAGCAGAUAUACAUCCCUAAUGAUUUCGUCGGCUGCAUUAUCGGCAAGGGUGGCAGCAAGAUCAACGAGAUUAGGCAUAUGAGCGCAAGCCAGAUUAAGAUCAUGGAACCUGGAGCUGUCGGGGUCGGUCCGGGUAUACCAGCUGCGUCACCAGGUGGAGAGGGAGAACGCUUGGUCGUCAUCACUGGCCAGCCAUCAAAUAUACAGAUGGCUGUACAGCUGCUUUAUCAUCGCUUGGAGCAGGAGAAGCAGAAACAACUUCGUGCUCAGUCGUCUUCAUGAAGGGACUUAACUUUCGAUUUUCUAUGAAAAUUCUGUUUGCAUUCGAUAUCUGUUUUGUUGGAAGGCACCGAAGUUUCGUUGUACUCGUAUAUUUCCGUUUUAUUUUCUGAUUCUUUUCU